UUUGGUAGUACCUAUACCUUCUGAAGUACUUAGGAACAAGACACUAAUUCCCGGGAAUGGUAAAAAUAACAAAUACAUACAAUCAAAUUGCUGAUUUAAUAAAAAUAGAAGGAAAAAUAUUUUAAUUCUUGUCAAUGAAUGAACGUAUUAAUGUGUUAUAACAAUUUAACAUAAACAAAUAAUAUUUUAUUAGUAAUUAGUAUGUACCUAACCAUUAAAGUGAACGGCGAGCGCAUAACUAGCUCUUCAAUGAACAAUACCGCUCAUUGGCGAUACUAACGAAAUUAUUAUUUAACAUGAGCGAAUAGCGAUACAGGAAAGUGCAUUGAGUUGGACCAAUUAUAUUAUUUCAAAACUAUCCACAACAAUCAUAGGCAUCUGCCGAUAACUUAUUAUUGUAAUCCGCGAUAAUUCAACGAUUGGCGGCAUUUCAGAGUUAUAUUUUGAAGGGAGCGGCUAAAUUCUUCCAAAAUAUUUUUGUAUUAGAACAUGAACUGAAUUUAUGUUAUCAAUACUAGUUAAUAAAUUAUCACAUAAAUUAUCAUGCGAGUCACGUUUAUUGCCGAAUUUUAGACUUAUAUAAUAUUAUUAUACCAACAAUAAAUCGAAUAAUUUUGAUGUGAUUAAAGUUUUUAAGAAGUAUUUUUUUUAAUUUGUGGCACAAAUAUUCAAUUAUUUAAAAAAUCAACCCCCUCAGGCCUCAGUAUUGGUCGAGAGUAUUUAAGAAAGCCGCACUGAUUUGAUACGCGUUUAAUGAUCACACUAAAGCGGACGGCAAUGGCAACAGCGAACUGCGAAGACAACGCUCCACUGCCCAUACGACAUAUAUUCACACCAUUGUUAUAUUUUAUGCUCACACGCACUACCUGUAGCUCUAUACCUAACCUUGUCUUAUUGAAAACAUUGAACACUCUGCAGCUGUCGUCUAUAGUGUACUGUUCGUGAUUCGUCCGCAAACAUCGCUUCGUUCGGCGUUGUUCAGUCGGUCACCUGUUCAUCGGCAUCCGUUACUUAGUGUGUAUCUGUGUUGCAUUCCGGACGUUCGCGCCGUUUAAUAUUUGUGACUACAACAUUACUAUUCUAAUACUUCGAGGUAUUUUUUUUAUGAAAACGUUUUUGAGCAAUCGAUAGCGUUUGGUUUUAUUAACCGAAUUUAAUCUAUUUCAAAUUUUACACUCGCAAAGUGCGCGUUAUUGUGAACGACUUGCAACAUGUUUGACAUUUUUGGAUCCUUAAAGGCGUUGCUGAAAAUCGACAAUGUAUGUAUCGACAACUUUGUUUUUCGAUUGCACUACAGGAUCACUGUAUCUAUCCUAUUGGGUUUCUCGAUUAUCGUAACAUCCCGGCAGUAUCUCGGCGAUCCGAUUGAUUGCAUAUUCGAAGAUCUACCACAAACCGUCAUGGACACAUACUGUUGGAUACAUUCGACAUUCACCUUACCAAAGAGGAAAAAUGGAAAAAUCGGCGAGGACGUGUAUCCGGGUGUCUCAGCUUAUGAUGAUGAUACUGACACAGUUAAGUACCAUUCAUAUUAUCAGUGGGUUUGUUUUGUGUUGUUCUUCCAAGCCAUGUUCUUCUACACACCCAGGUACUUGUGGAAGUUAUGGGAGGCUGGACGCAUGAGUUCACUAAUUCUAGAUCUUGAAUAUACAGUUGCCUUGGAUCCUGAGCAUAGGGAAUCAUUAAUAAACUAUUUUAUUAAAAACUUGCACAUGCAAAAUUUCUAUGCUAUCCGGUUUUUCUUCUGUGAAAUCCUUAAUUUGUGCAACGUCCUACUCCAGAUUUAUUUUAUAGACUACUUUCUUGGAGGUGAGUUUAGUAUGUAUGGCUAUAAUGUAUUAGUAAUGACUGAAAUGAAAACGGAAGAUCGUACGGAUAUAAUGUCUCGGGUGUUUCCGAUAAUCACCAAAUGUACAUUCCACAAAUACGGUUCAACUGGCACUAUCCAAAAAUUUGACGGUAUGUGCUUGUUGCCACAAAAUAUUUUAAACGAAAAAAUGUUUGUAUUCCUAUGGUUCUGGUUCUGGUUUAUUGCCAUAAUUAGUGUAUUAAACAUUUUGUAUCGUAUACUUAUCAUUACGAUACCCUUCUUCCGUUUAGUUUUAUUGAGAUCAAGAAUUGAUUACUUUUCUCAUGAUAAAUUAAAAACUUUAACUCGGAAAUUUUGGAUUGGAGAUUGGUUUGUCUUCUAUCAAUUGAGCAAAAAUAUCAGCCCUGUUAAUUUCAAGGAUCUUGUAUCAGAAUUGAGCAAAAAAUUUGAGGAAAAAGAUAGUGUGUAAUCGUAACUAAAUAACUUAAAACUAUUUUAACUUUAAAUACUUACUAAACCAAACAAUAACAAUUUUUAACAAUGGAAAUAUAUUUAAGAUAACAGAUUACCAAUAAUAAAUACAUCUUUUAUAGUUUUAUUAAAAUAUGAUUAUA